AUGGUACACACUCAGAGCCUUCCCAUAGAGCUCCUAGAUCUCAUUGUCUCUUUUGUCCGCCCAGAUGAUGAGCUUCCGAGCAGAGAUCGAAGAAUGAAAGACGAUAUUGAAACUCUGCGCAAUGUUUGCCUAGUUUCGCGGAAGUUCUAUGCCCUGGGCCAGCCGUUACUCUUCCGUGUUCUUUUUUAUGAUGGUUCGCAUGAUUAUCGAAUGUUUACCAGAACAAUUUGUCGUCGUCCAGAUCUUGCAAAGCAUGUGCAUCAGAUCUGCAUACUGCCUACCCUAUCCUUCGGUACCCACCUUCUUGACGCAGAAGACCUCGAGCUGUCCAAAGGCAUAAUCGAGGACCUUCAGUUGGGCGAUCAGGAGGACACAUGGAUUUCGUCUAUAGAGGGAGCCGACCUCGGCCUUUUCACAGCAUUAGUAGCCAGCAAAGCCCCCAAUCUUCGCUGGCUACAUCUGCCAGUAUCCCAAUUCUGGAUUCAGCCAUUCAUCCAGCUAUUCCGCCACAAUCCUGAAUUUUUGUCAAACCUUGAGUCUAUCUGGAUUGAAAGCGAUGAAGAAUAUUGCAACACGGAGAUGUAUUCCAGAAUGAACAUUGCUUCCUAUGAGAAAUUCCUCACCCUUCCCAAGGUCAAAUCUUCGACCUUUGAGUACGGUGUUCUCUGCGACGCUUACCUUCGUCCGUUCCCAUCUUCCUGGCUGCCUGGAACAUUGGAGACGGAAAGACUGGCCUUUCACCACUGCCAGGUCGAUCCUUUCGCCCUCGAAAAGCUCAUGCAAGCGUGCAAGAAGCUAAAAGCCUUCACCUACAACAAUUUCAGCUUGCACCCGAACAACCGACGAAAUCGUGCGGAAAAACUGCCCGAGUUCAACGCUAAGCAGGCCUACGAAGCCGUCCUCCUACACAAGGACACUCUCGAGCUCUUCCACCUGGAGUACGGAACGAAACCACCGCAUAUUGAUAUCUUCGAGCAAGUCCUUUCUGGCCGCGUCCAGGUUGGCUCAUUCCGCGAUUUCUCCGUGCUCGAGACCAUCGUCAUCACACACGCUUUUCUUCCACCACACCCCGAAUUCCCCAGCUCGUUAAAGACACUCCAUAUCAUGAACUGCAAGGCAUCUGUCUGGGAAUUGACGCAGAGCAUCGCGAAAGAUUGUGAAAAUGGUCUUUAUCCGGAGUUGACUGAUGUCAGCGUAUUCGCAACCGACAUCACAAAGCCUGCUAAGCUUCAAGGAAAACCCCUACAGCAAUGUCUCCUUGAUCUAGAGGAGAUGUUCAAAGGAACCAAAGUGAAUUUCCAAAUCUCACCGUAUGAAAUACCUUAUUCUGAUGAUUACGAUAAUCUCGACCUCUAUCGUUCUUACACUGCUCAGGAAUGA